GCCUGACUGGACUCCUGCCAUGCAAGGAGGGGCUGCUGGGGCAGGGCCUGGCUGGGGGGUCCGUGCCCGGGGGGUAUUGCCCACGGGGCUGGGGUUUGUCCCCAGGCUUGGCUUGUGUGCAGCAGGCUGGAGGCAGCAGCUCCCCACCAUGAGGGGAGAUGCUCCCUGCCAUGGGGAGAAAGCCCAGGCAGGACGAAGCACAGAGACACGCCGGACUGCUCGCUUCGUAGGUGCCGAAGAGAGGCCAUCCCUCCGCGCAGGGCUGCCGAGCAUGUUCCACCUCUUCUCCCACUGCUGGUCGUGGCUGCAGGCCAUACAGGAACCCAUCAGGAAGGUGACCCUCCUCGUCCUGGGGCUGGACAAUGCGGGGAAAACCUCCGUCAUCAUGGACAUAGAGAGAGCGCUGGGCGGCGAGGUGCUGCCUGUGGGGCAGCCCGGCCAGACCCGCCUGCGGGUGGACAGGUUCGAGGUGACGCUGGUGGACCUGCCCGGGGGCCAGCGCUCCCGCAGCGCCUGGCGCAGCCACUACAGCGCGGCCCACGGGCUCCUCUUCGUCCUGGACUCCAGUGACCUGGCGCGGAUGGAGGAGGCCCGCAAGGUCCUGAGCCGCGUCCUGAGCCAUCCCGACAUCUCUGGGAAGCCGAUCUUACUGUAAGGCCGAGUCCCUGGGAUGUGACUUGUCAGGUUUGGGGUGGCGGGUGGGGGGGAAUGGGAACUUGUUG